UAAAGCAGUGAGCCGGAAGGGGAGGCAGAGCGCAGCCAUGAUGAUUGAACCUAGAUGGGAUGAGUGGCUGGACUCUCGGCGACCGGAAGAGUGAAGCCGGGAGGUAUGGGUUGGGCGCCGCCAUGUCAGCCUGAUACCGGAAAAGGCGGGUCUCCCUGACGGAUCGGCGCCUGAGCUCGCCUGGACAUGCAGGCAGCCCUGGAAGUUACUGCUCGAUACUGCAGCCGGGAGCUGGAACAGUAUGGCCAAUGUGUGGCAGCCAAGCCUGAGUCCUGGCAUCGGGACUGUCACCACCUUAAGAUGAGCAUUGCUCGCUGCACAUCCUCCCACCCCAUCAUCCGCCAGAUCCGCCAGGCCUGUGCUGAGCCUUUUGAAGCCUUUGAGGAGUGUCUUCGCUUGAAUGAGGCAGCAGUAGGCAACUGCGCAGAGCACAUGCGCCGCUUCCUGCAGUGUGCUGAGCAGGUGCAGCCAGCGAGUUCACCCACAACUGGAGAGGCACAGCCACAGCCGCUUCCUGCCACCUGAAGACCCCCUUGGACUUUGAGAAAACUAGACAUGAUUGACUAGCCCACAUGAUGUCCUCAUCUGGAAGAGUGACCAUUUUGGAGUCUUCAGGACUCUGGUGUGGGUCUGGCUUUCCUGGACUUUGGGACUCUAAGUAAAUAAAGAGUACUGGGCUUUG